AACUAAGAGGAUGGAGGCUUCUAUUGAUCAAAUACAUGCAGCAUCGGGUUCAAAUAUUAAACUAAUGGAUGUGAAAAAGUAGUGCAAUUUUUUUAUGAAAAAGAAGAAGAAAUAUAUGUUACGUUUGUCCAGUUGCAUGCAUAAUUAAACGCGGUGACCGAACUAAUCCAAAAAGGAAGACAGAGAAAGACAGAGAUGAAUAAACCCUAGAAGAAAAAUAUGGAGUUGAAAAUAGCUAGUGAGGGAAUGGAGGGGGUGAGGUGUGUAAGACUUUUUGUCCUUUUAAGAAUCACAUCAGCCAUACUUUCCACCUAUAAAUCACACCCUUCCUUCGCCGUAGUUUCCCAACAAUCUGAGCAAAGCCAUCUUGAUAUUUGCUUCAACAAGAAACUCAAAAGAGAAACCUAAUUAGAGAGAGAUAACAGCACAAAAAGAUGGGUAGAGCUCCAUGCUGUGACAAGGCCAAUGUGAAGAAAGGACCAUGGUCUCCUGAAGAGGAUGCUACACUUAAAGCCUACAUUGAAAAUAAUGGAACUGGUGGCAAUUGGAUUGCUCUUCCUCAGAAAAUUGGGCUCAAGAGAUGUGGAAAAAGUUGCAGACUUAGGUGGUUAAAUUACUUGAGACCUAAUAUCAAACAUGGUGGAUUUACUGAAGAAGAAGACAACAUCAUCUGCAGCCUUUACAUUAGCAUUGGUAGCAGGUGGUCCAUAAUUGCUGCUCAGUUACCUGGAAGGACAGAUAACGACAUCAAGAACUAUUGGAACACUAGACUGAAGAAGAAAUUGCUUGGGAGGCGCAAACAAUCUAACUUCAACGCAAAAGACACAAAUGGAAUAGAGGAGAACUCUUAUUCAAAUGCCCUAAGCAGCUCAGCUCUUGAAAGACUCCAACUGCACAUGCAACUUCAAAGCCUUCAAAACCCUUUCACUUUCUACAACAACCCUGCGCUGUGGCCCAAGUUGCAUCCCUUCCAAGAAAAGAUGAUCCAGGGCCUUCAAUCUUUGAAUGAUGGAUCUAACCCUGUGAUGCAAAAUGCCUUGCCUUCCCCACAUGAUGAACAAGGACAAAAAGAUGAGUUCUACAAGCCACAACAAGAUGGUGCAAAGAUCAAUAACCCACAGGUUCAUCUUUUGGAGAAUAUUCCUUUGAGUAACAGUGGAGUUCCCUUUGCUGCUUCUGGGAGUAAUAAUACAAUGAACUCAAGCCUUGCACCAAGAGCUGAGGCUGUUGAGCAGACUAAUAAUGUGGGACUUCAGCAACUUGGUGCACUGCAAACUGAACUUGAUGACAUUCUCAACAACAGAACAAUGAGUUAUGGUGUGCCACAGGAAGAUCAUGACAUGGCUGGAUUUGAUUGUUUCAAAGAGAUGAAUAGCUCAAAGGACAGCUUGAUUUGGUGGUCCAAUGAUUCUGAUACCAAGUCAGCAUCCUCAAAUUCCUGGGACUCAUCUACUACUCCAGGUCUUCUAACACAAGGGAUGUUUCAAGAUUAUGAACUGGGUUACAGUCUCUAGUGAUCACAUUUAACUUUCUGGUUAUGCUAAUUUGUUGUAUUAGUCAUAAGAUGUGGAAAGAGGAGAAUGAGUAGCAACAGGUCUUGUAAACAACAUCAUGAAUAUAUAAUAAUGUAAAUCAAUGUCGUAGUAAUUAAUGUAGAAACCACUAUAGUUUGUUUGAACAACCACAAGGCACUUAAGCUUUAAAUAAAGUUUCCUUAACU